GACUGUUUUUACGAAAAGAUGCGGGCACUAAGAUCAGCCAGCUGGUUACCACGUUAUCAUCGAGCUAAGGUACUCCAAAGGUCAUCCCGUCAGUCUGAGCUGUUGGAAAAUUCUUCUCCUAGCAGGACGUUGUCACCUCCAGAAGUGAAAAAGAUUGUGUUACAGCGACCUCUAUUCAUACGCUUCAACAAUGAAGAAAAUCGGACAUAUUAUUCUCAGAGUGAAUUUGUCGUGGACUGUCUACAGUGGCAUAACACUUUUCGAAAACGUCAUGAAGUCCCUCCCCUAGAAUUUUCAUAUCAGAUGUGUAACCUAGCACAAUUCUGGGCUAAUCAUCUCGCGCAUGCCAACACCUUCUACUACCGAAACUACAGAGACAUCGGUGAAAAUUUAUUCUGCAGGUGUUCCUUCGUCCCUGAGUUUGACGUUACAGGAGAACAGGUUGUGAAAUAUUGGUACAGAGAGAGAAAACUUUACGAUUUUGAUAAACAGCCUUCUUUACUUCAUGCUAAAGCAGGCCACUUCACACAAAUGGUGUGGCGCAGUAGUAAAGAGUUCGGUGUGGGCAAGGCCAGAUCUCGCUUUGGAAAGAUUAUUGUGGUGGCAAACUAUAAGCCGGCAGGAAAUGUCACUGGAGAGUUCCAAGACAACGUGUUCUCUCCAACUAAAGAUGACCACCUGGGAAAUUUAGAUAAUGGUUGAUCUACGUGUGUUACUGUUUGUUGAAAUCUGAAAAAAAAAAGAAAAAAGUUUAUCCAACGUCAUUAGCCAUUUAAAAAAAAACUGGUGAUUUCGGAAUUGUAAAGAAUGGUUUAUCAUAAAGUAUGAGAAAAUGGUA